UUAAGAAUUGGCUUGAACAAUUUGAUGUGCAUAAAUUAGGUAAUAUAGCAGGGAGAUGGACUAUCCUCCGCCUCCACCGACCCACCAAGCGCAUCAUCCACAUCCAGGACCGCCACCUGGACCUCCUCAACCACACCCUGGGCCGCCUCCUCCGCAUGUACCACAACAUCCGCACCCAGGGCCGCCUCCUCCACAUGUACCAACGAGUCCUGAACAUCCUCACUAUAAGCACCAGUAUCACCAAGGUCGACCACCACUUCCAGUACCCGCAUAUGCACCACAAGCUCCAGCUCCUCCUCCUCCUCACCACCACCAAGGUCCACCUUCACCGCGUCCAGAUGGCCAUCGGCCACCGGAGCAAGGCUGUUGUGUGAUAAUAUAAAAGAUUCGACUUCAAACGUUUCGACUGAUAUGGGACGCAGAUGUUAUUACUAGGGCGUAUCAUGUUGUCAUGUAGAUGAAGUGUUAGCAUAUAUGUGAGAGUAUAUAUAUAUAUAUAUAUAUAUAUAUAUAUAUAAAUGGGUAUUGGUAAGAGUAUGUGUAUGUACUUUAAGUGAAAUAAAAUAUAUGUAUUGCUUCUAUUGUUAAUAUUUUUUUAAUA